AUGGAUCCUAACUCAAACUUUCUGAAAAACGCAAACAAUAAUUUGGUAAAGCAAGGAAACCAUUUAGUUUGGGCUCGUUGUUUUCAUUCCUCUCAUUCUCCCCCUCUUGUUUUUAGCUCUUAUGCCAAAACUGCUAUGGCAGCCUAUGAAGUAUUUGGAGUGAAGAUAGAGAAGAAUCCAUCAAAAUCUAAACUCAUUGAGCUUAGUGUUUCAACUUGGCCUAAGUGGGAAGGUGGUCCAUUAAAAAUUCCAAGGUCGUUUAAAGAAGAAGAAACAAUGUAUCUUGUUGAGGGAAAAGUGAAGGUUACUGUUGAAGAGAAAAUUGGAUCUUUUGAAAUUGGAGGUGGUGAUUUAGUUGUUUUCCCUAAAGGAAUGACCAUUACAUGGGAAAUAACAGAACCUGUGAAGAAGCACUCUAGUUGGAAAAAAGAAUGAGCCUAUAACAAAGCCUUGUGGCCUAGUUAGUAAUUAUGCUAUGUAGAAUUUCAUGAAGUUGAUUAUCGCACACUGUGGCUAUAUAAUUGUUGUAGGGAUGCACCUUUAAGCUUUCACUUCCAUUAGAUUUACACCUUUGAUUGGAAGUAAUUUGUAGUCAGUAUGUUCGUGGUGAUUAUGGAUGUUAUGCUAAUAGAUUCAUUUGAAUUAUGAGUUGGAA